AUUCUUGUCAGGUAAAAACAAGUGUGUGUCGAGUUCAUAUCAUAAAACAUUCCUUUAUUCUCCUCAUCUCUGUGAAGCAAGAAGUGUAGCACCCUGGGUCAUGUGACUAUGACAUCACUGCGUGGCCCUUUGCGUUAGAACGUGUCAGGGCGUGUGACGUAAGGAGCAGUAGUUCCGGGUUCCGAGGCGAUGGCCGAAGCAACAGCGAUCGCGCUGAUUCCGUCCCCUCAGCAGCAGCAGCAACAACAACAAGCGCCGCAGCCGGAGGCGGAGUGUCAGGAUGGGGCCCCGGAGGAGUGGGAGGCGGAGAUGUUCGUGUCCGGGACUCACUGUUCGGAGCUGGCGUGGCGGCAGAACGAGCAGAGAAAACAAGGGCAGUUCUGUGACAUGACUCUGGUGUUCGGUCAGGGAGGCCGGGAGUUCCCCGCUCACCGCUCCGUCUUGGCCGCCGCCACCGAUUACUUUGCGCCUUUAUUGUCCGGACAGUUCGAGGAGUCGCGCUCGGGGCGGGUGGAAAUGAAGUGGAACUCGGAGCCUGGGCCCGACCUGGAGACAGUGGAGGCGGUGAUUCAGUACAUGUACUCCGGCCACAUCCGCGUCUGUACUGGCAACGUCCAUGAUGUGCUCAACCUGUCUGACCGGUUCCUAUUGCUGCGGCUGAAGGAGUUCUGUGGAGAGUUCCUAAAGAAGAACCUGAGUCUAUCAAACUGCGUGGCCAUUCACAGCUUGGCGCACAUGUACUCGCUCACUCAAUUGGCUUUAAAAUCCGCAGAGAUGAUUCGCCGCAACUUCUUCAUGGUCAUUCAGGACGAUGAGUUUUACACACUCCCUUUCCACCUAGUCCGAGACUGGCUUUCUGAUUCGGAGAUCACCGUGGAUUCAGAGGAGAUCCUUUUCGAAGCAAUCUUGAAAUGGGUUCAGAGGAACAGCGAGGAAAGAGAGCGGUAUUUCGAGGAGCUUUUCAAGUUGCUGCGGCUGUCUCAGAUGAAGCCCACAUAUCUCACGCGGAGUGUCAAACCGGAGAGACUGGUGGCGGGAAAUGAUGCUUGCUUGAAACUAGUGGCCGAAGCAGUGGAAGGACAUGCCCUGAGGUCUGAAAACCUGCAAGUGGGCCAGUUCCAGCCUUCCGCAAACCACAUGUCCUCCUACCCGCGUUUUGGGCAGAAUAUGGAUGUUAUUAUGGUAAUUGGAGGGGUGACGGAAGGCGGGGACUACUUAAGCGAAUGCGUCGGAUACUUCAUUAAUGAGGACCGAUGGGUCAAUCUGCCCCACGUUCACAAUCACUUCGACGGUCACGCUGUGACGGCGACUGAUUCUUACGUGUAUGUGGCUGGCUCCAUGGAACCUGGCUUUGCCAAGACUAUGGAGAGAUAUAACCCAAACAAAAAUGUGUGGGAGCAAGUCAGCAAUUUGAUCACAAGGAAACACUCCUUUGGACUCGUGUCUGUGAAAGGCAACCUGUAUAGUAUCGGUGGCCACGAGAACUUCAUCCCGGGUUUCAAGGAUGUGACGGUUUAUCACCCAGAGCAAGAUAAAUGGCAGAUACUCGAGUCAGCUCCUAAAAUCCUGCGAGAUGUGAAAGCCGUUAGUGUGGAAGAUCGUUACGUCUACCUCACUGCUCGCACACCCGUGGAUUGUGGUAAUGAGGACGGACUGAGAACCAUUACUUGCAGAUACGACAUCGAGAGCAAUAAUUGGCAGGACACGGAUUCCCUUCCUGUUCUGGACAACUACUGUGCAUUCCAAAUGGCGGUGGCCUACACCAACUUUUACGACACUGCCUCUUGCUGCCCUAAAAGCUACUCUGCAUCUGUAGACGAGGCUCAGAGCAAGAUCUCCAGGCUCAGUCCCAGUGAAAUCCUGGAGAGUCUUCCUCCUGAGGUCCUCAGCAUUGAGGGGGCUGCAAUUUGCUUUCACAAGGACGACGUCUUUAUAAUCGGAGGUUGGAAGAACAGUGAUGACAUAGACAAGCAGUAUAGGAAAGAAGCCUAUCGAUAUUGCGCAGAGCGAAGGCGUUGGAUGCUGCUUCCUCCGAUGCCUCAGCCCCGGUGCCGGGCCGCUGCCUGUCACGUCAGAAUUCCUUUUCGAUACCUGCACGGGACCCAGAAGUACCCCAUGCCUCAGAACCUGAUGUUUCAAAAGGAUCGAAUUCGGCAGAUGCAGGAAAUGCAUCGUCAGACUGUGCGCCUCAAUCGCUCUCAGAUCGAAUGCUAAAAUUUCAAGUCUUAUUUUCUCACUCUUUGGCCCAAUUUGCACAUUUACUCCUUUUUUUUUCUUUUUUCUUGAAUUGUUCUAUAAUGGGAAUUAGGACAAAGCAUGUGAUGUUUUAUAGAACGGCGAAGUGUGAGUGUGAGACACUCCAGUAAGCAAAUGCUUGUAUAUUUGUAAAUACUUUAUGUCCAGUGUAGAAAUAAGUUGGGCUUGGCCUGAAGAUGACGAUUAGUUCUUGAAAACUCCUCACGGGUUUCUGCAACAGUGACAUUACUGUUUUAUUUUUCUUUUGGGGCAGCACCUAAUCAUUCUCUUACGUACACGAUAAUAAGAAUUUAGUAAUGGGUGGAGGGCACACCAAUUCAGCAAAUGCUGUAGGUAAACAGUGCAAGAGGUGCAAACAUCAAAAGGGUACCCCUACAAUGGGUACCCCACAACGUAACAAUAUAUAGAUAGGU